AUGUAUUCCUCAGACAACGAUCAAUCUCAAAGAGAAUUUUUUGGUGCGAAAGAUGAUAUUGAUGAAGAUGGUGAUAUUACAUCAGACUUGUGGCAAGAAGCUUGUUGGACCGUUAUAUCAUCUUAUUUUGAUGAAAAGGGUCUUGUUCGACAACAGCUCGAUUCAUUCGAUGAAUUUAUUCAAAUGUCCGUUCAACGAAUUGUUGAAGAUUCUCGAGCAAUCGAAUUGCAAGCACAAGCUCAGUACAUGACCGGUAGUAAAGAGACACCGCCAAAAUACAACAUUAAAUUUGAACAAAUUUAUUUAUCAAAGCCAACUCAUACAACAAAUGAAGGAAGCGUUUAUUUGUGGCCAAAUGAAGCUCGUUUACGUAAUUUGACUUAUGCUGCACCAUUAUAUGUUGAUUUGAAAAAAACUGUCAUGAAAGAAAAUGAAACACCAAAAGAAACAAAAAGUGAUAAAGUUUAUAUUGGUGAUAUUCCGAUUAUGUUACGUUCAGCCUAUUGCCUGCUGUCAGAUAUGUCGGAUCGAGAUCUAACAGAAUUAAAUGAAUGUCCGUUAGAUCCUGGCGGCUAUUUUAUUAUUAACGGGUCGGAAAAAGUACUUAUUGCCCAAGAAAAAAUGGCAACAAAUACCGGUGAGAUUUAUGUAUUUUCAAUGAAAGAUUCCAAGUUUGCUUACAAAUGUGAAGUUCGAUCGGUAUUAGAAAAUUCUAGUCGUCCAACAAGUACAUUAUGGGUUAACUUGAUGGCUAAAGGUGGACAGGGUGGUCGGAAAAGUGCUAUUGGUCAACCAAUUGUUGGCAUAUUACCAUAUAUCAAUCGUGAAAUUCCAAUUAUGAUCGUAUUUCGAGCACUUGGACACGUAUCAGAUCGAGAUGUUCUAGAACACAUUAUUUAUGAUUUUGAUGAUAUGGAAAUGAUGGAAAAAGUAAAACCUUCGUUAGAUGAAGCAUUUGUAAUUCAAGAUGAUAAAUUAGCAUUAGAUUUUAUUGGCGCUCGUGGGAGUCACGCCGGUGUACCACGUGAAAAACGCAUUCGCUAUGCAAAAGAUAUCCUUCAAAAAGAAAUGUUGCCACACAUCGGCAUUACACAACAUUGUGAGACAAAAAAAGUUUAUUUUCUUGGCUAUAUGGUACAUCGUUUAUUGUCAGCUGCUCUUGGCAGACGUGAACUCGAUGAUCGAGAUCAUUUAGGAAAUAAACGAUUGGAUCUAGCUGGACCAUUACUAUCAUUUUUAUUUCGUGGAUUGUUCAAACGACUUAUUAAAGGUAUUAUUUGA